GCCGCCCGCUGGGGCCACCCUGGCCGCGGGCCCGCCGGGACGCCCCUGCUCGCAGAGCCCCUCCCCGGGCCGUGGCGCGUCCCCCGAGUCUCGCAGUAUUUCCUUCCUGCACCUUUAAGAAGACCGUUGCUCCGUGGUGGGAUGGUGUGUUAAAGCCACACAGAGGAAGUUACGCAGCCCGGAUCAGACCGAGAGAUAAAAGCCCCGAUGGUGAUCGUGAGUGAUGGCAAGAGGAUUUAGCCUCGGCAUUAACUUGGAGCGGAGUGCAGGGGGGCAGUGAAACGCCCCGCCAUCUGGCCCGCGCCGCGCCGGGGGGAUGCCCCGGCGCCCCGACGAGCAGCCGCGAAGCCCACCCGGGCCGGGGGCUGCCCGGUGCCCGAGCGCGGGUCCCCUCCGAGCCGCCCAGGGGGCCCCAAAAGUUUGCACUUGUUAGCGGCGACCUCCCGCUCGGCCGGGGCGGGCGAUGCGGGCGGCUGGGGCGGGCCCCUCCCCCGGCCCGCGUCUCCGGGACGGCUGCGGGCGGCCCCCCCGGCGGCCGGUGGGCUCCCCAGCCCCGAUCUGACGGCCGCGGCGGCGGCGGCCACGGCGGCAGCGGGAGCAGCGCGGGGAAGGAGCGCCGGCUCGCAGCCCUCGGCCCUCGCCCCACCCAGCGCCAGCCAGACGGGGGAGGCGGAGCGCCGGAGGGUGGCGGUCCUCGGCCUCCCGGGUAUCCGCUCCGGGAAGCUGCUCCGAGCCGGGGUGUUGUUGCUAACGAGCUCUCUCUCCUCCCUUCUUGCAAUGAAAGACAAGCCAGACCCCGGGUACCUGGAUGGCUUGGAAGCUGAAGUCUCAGAAACUUCCUAAUAAGUUGCCGAUGGCUACCGGCCAAGGUCAGCUGGUUCCCAUUAGCGUCUGUCCCCACCAAAGCCGAGCCAAAUAAGCUGCUCCCCAGUUAACACCUCAGUCGCUUUUUUUAUGCUCCAGUCCAGCUGCACAAUUGUUGUCACUUUACGCCCAUAUGAAAAGAAAUCUCUUUUAUUGGCCCAAAAUGCCAAGUCCAAUCCCAUAGAGGGAACGUGUUUGCAGCUAACAGGUACACCUCCUGAUUUUAUUUUAUCUUUACAACGCAGGCCGGAGGGUUGUUUUGCAGUUGUGUUGAGCACAUCACACAUUAAGGGCCCUUUAAAGACCUGGGUUGAUUGGAAGGACAAAAAUUAAAAGCAAUCUGAUCCGGCCUCAUGCCAGAUCCCUGCGGAUUUUCUCCCUAUCCCAUUUCCAUCCACUGUCACAAUUUGAGAGUCUGCCUGAUUUGACCAGAUUCACCUCUGGGAGAGGUGUGAUGCCAAGGUUAGGAGGACGCCAAGUUGUGGGCAACUUCUCGAUCUGCCCAUCAGCAGUCUGAGAAACGCUGGCUCUGAGUUUUCCAUAUCGGCCUCUUGGAAAAAACACGUUCCUCACUGUUUGCAACCUGGCAGAGUCCCUGGGACAUCCGGCCUCCGUCGCCUGGUAGAUGUGGCUUUUCCAUGCUGAGGUUUCGAGUCCCUCCUGACCCAGUCGCCACCUCUCCGGUCCCUCUCUGGGCCUCGCCCCUGGGGACUGCGCCGCCAUGCUGCACCUGCUGGCUCUUUUCCUGCACUGCCUCCCGCUGGCCUCUGGGGACUACGACAUCUGCAAAUCCUGGGUGACCACGGAUGAAGGCCCCUCCUGGGAGUUCUAUGCCUGCCAGCCCAAGGUGAUGCGCCUGAAGGACUAUGUCAAGGUGAAGGUGGAGCCCUCCGGCAUCACGUGCGGAGACCCCCCUGAGAGAUUCUGCUCCCACGAGAACCCCUACCUGUGCAGCAACGAGUGUGACGCCUCCAACCCGGACCUGGCUCACCCGCCCCAGCUCAUGUUCGACAGGGAGGACGAGGGCCUAGCCACCUACUGGCAGAGCGUCACGUGGAGCCGCUACCCCAGCCCGCUGGAGGCCAACAUCACCCUCUCGUGGAACAAGAGCGUGGAGCUGACGGACGACGUGGUGGUGACCUUCGAGUACGGCCGGCCCACCGUCAUGGUCCUGGAGAAGUCGCUGGACAACGGGCGCACGUGGCAGCCCUACCAGUUCUACGCAGAGGACUGCAUGGAGGCCUUCGGCAUGCCCGCCCGCCGGGCGCGCGACCUGUCGGCGUCGGGUGCCCACCGGGUGCUGUGCACGGAGGAGUACUCGCGCUGGGCCGGCUCCAAGAAGGAGAAGCACGUGCGCUUCGAGGUGCGGGACCGCUUCGCCAUCUUCGCCGGCCCCAGCCUGCGCAACAUGGACAACUUGUACACGCGGCUGGAGAGCGCCAAGGGCCUCAAGGAGUUCUUCACCCUCACCGACCUGCGCAUGCGGCUGCUGCGCCCGGCGCUGGGCGGCACGUAUGUGCAGCGGGAGAACCUCUACAAGUACUUCUACGCCAUCUCCAACAUCGAGGUCAUGGGCAGGUGCAAGUGCAACCUGCACGCCAACCUGUGCUCCGUGCGCGAGGGCAGUCUGCAGUGCGAGUGUGAGCACAACACCACCGGCCCGGACUGCGGCAAGUGCAAGAGGAGCUUCCGCACACGGUCCUGGCGGGCUGGCUCCUACCUGCCACUGCCCCACGGCUCUCCCAACGCGUGUGCCGCCGCAGGCUCCGCCGUUGGCAGCAUCAGCAGGUCUCGGAAAGACCCCGUCCCCAAAGCCCCUGUGGCCGCUGUGGCCGUGAGGGGGGACCCCACCACUCCUGCCCCUUCCACAUCCACUGCUUGGGCCCCCAUGGCCCCCAGCACCCCACAGCCCACAGCUGCGGGCACCUCCACUGCUGCCCCCACCCCUGCCAAGGCCUCCAGACUUUUCCAGCUCAGGCCCAAAUCUCCUCAAGUGAUGCCUAUUGAAGAAUUCGAAGACUGCGAGUGCUAUGGCCACUCGAAUCGCUGCAGCUACAUCGACUUCCUGAACGUGGUGACCUGCGUCAGCUGCAAGCACAACACACGAGGCCAACACUGCCAGCACUGCCGCCUGGGCUACUACCGCAACGGCUCCGCGGAGCUGGACGACGAGAACGUGUGCAUUGAGUGUAACUGCAACCAGAUCGGCUCCGUGCACGACCGGUGCAACGAGACCGGCUUCUGCGAGUGCCGCGAGGGCGCGACGGGGCCCAAGUGCGACGACUGCCUCCCCACGCACUACUGGCGCCAGGGCUGCUACCCCAACGUGUGCGACGACGACCAGCUGCUGUGCCAGAACGGCGGCACCUGCGUGCAGAACCAGCGCUGCGCCUGCCCGCGCGGCUACACCGGCCUGCGCUGCGAGCAGCCCCGCUGCGACCCCGCCGCCGCCGACGGCGGCCUGGACUGCGACCGCGCGCCCGGGGCCGCCCCGUGCCCCGCCACGCUGCUCGGCUGCCUGCUGCUGCUGCGGCUGGCCACCUGCCUGGACUGCUGAGCCCCGCGGAGGACCCCCGGCCAGGGGGGGAGGCCGGACCGUGCGCCCCGCCGAGCCCUACGCCCCGCGCCCGGCGAGCCGGGAGCCCGGGGGCCGGCGUCGGAGGCCCGGCGGCCAGAAGGGUGCGGCCCGAGCUGCUCCCAGGUGCUACUCAGCAGAGUCCUCCCGCCCCAUCCCCCCCGAAGUGGCACCUGCCCCCGCCCCGGCGCCGCAGCAGGGGAUGCUGUGUGGUCGCGGCCCCAGCGGCCCGCGAUUUCGGUCUUAGUUUUUCUUUUAUAUUACCCACCGCCCCUUUCCUUUUUUUUUUUUUUUUUUUUUUUUUGCGGGCGGUGAGACAGGGGGGUGGGAGAAGCGCUGCUCAUCCCAACAGCCCCAGGUCCUGCCUCCUGCCUCCCUCUCCCCCCACCACACACACGACUGUUGCAGACACCCCCUGCGCCUGUCCCUGGCUCACCAUCAGCCAGCGGACCCGAAAAUCCAGUUGCCUCCACCUCUAGUCACUGACUUGAUUCUCUUUUCUAUUCUUUGUUUUCCCUUACAACCCACCAGACCCCAGGCCUUUCCAGAGGCCUGGUGACCAAGGAGCUCGCUGUCUGGGGGAAGGGAGUUAGGAAGGAGGGUUGGGAGGGCUGGAAACUUCCUUUUGUAGAGAACUAUUUUUGUUUGUAUUAACCGCCCCUAUAAGGAGGGACAAGAGCGGGGACGCUGGACACCACGGGGGUGGUUGAUGGUGUAUAAUCUGACAGUAAAGAAUCUGCUCACUGCUGUCUCCAGGGCCUGUUUUCUUUCUGUUCUUUUUUACCCAGCAAGUGUGGGAGUUAAAGGGGAGCCCACAAAAUAGCCUUAAAGAAGCAAUUUCACGCUCAAGGCCAUCCCUUCCCCAGGCCCUUCUGUGAAUGACAGGCAGGCAUAGCCAGUGCAGCUCUCUCACCAUGUGGCCAGGCCUGGCCCUGCAGUGACCUACAAUGUUCCCCAAACUUGGGAGGUUAUCUCCCUCCUUCCCCUCCCCCCAAAAAAUCCAGAGCUUAUUGGCACUUUGCCUUGGUUGUCCUCAAAUUUAAAAGCAUGUGGUGGACAUUGAUACCCUUGCUGAAAAGUGCAAGGCAAGCGACUGGCAGAGCCGUCUACCAGGGCUCGACUCUGAUGCUCCUGUUUAUAAACCAGGAUGGGGGUGUCCUAUCAGGCCUGCUGGACCCCAGCCUCAGGCCCAUUGUCUGCUGCUGCCACCGCCUUCCAGAGCCCCCUGGUGGUCACAUGCCAAGGUGGGCACAGGCUGGUGGAGGCGGCAACGCAAAGACCCACAGCCGACCACCCUCUCCUCUCUCCUUCCUCUUUCCCUCCAGAGCACCAGGAAGGGGAUGGCAGAGGGGACCAGGGGCAGUGUGGGAAUUGUGAAAGGGAGCUCCAAAGAAAGGGGUGCAUCAGCUUAGCCUUGUGCUUCUGGGGUGCCCGUGGGUCUCUCUGGCCCUUGGGAGUUGGAUUUCCCUGCUGUCUCUCAAGAAGAUCCAGAUUUCCCUGCCCACCUGCUUAUUUCCCAGCAGCCCCGGAAGAUUCCCAGCCCACGGAUCAGGUUCUGGUCCCUUGUUGCUCCUACAGCCGUCCCCUGCCCCCCCCCGCCCCCUCCCCCCACCCCCACCCCCUGAAGUUACCCUCUGGCUGCAGCCGCUCUUUCCAGGCUGGGAAGUUUAAAACUGCGUUCCUCCUGCAAGUCCCCAAAGCAAGGCUCAGACGGAGUUUAACAAAAGUUGAGGAUGACAAGAGAUUACAACAUGGCUACAGGUGGAUAUAAAAUAUGCUUAGAGCCUCUCCGGGUCAAACACUGACCCCUCCUGGCCUCCAGAUCUCCCUCUGCUCCUAACCCCAAGAAAGUGCCUUCUUUCAGCUCCGCCCCUGCCCCUGCCCCGUGGCCUCAGUGGCUAAAAGAGAACAUCCCUGGGGUCCUCGUGGACGGGAGGGGCCAUGUGACACAGCUCUGGCCAAUGGGCUAUAAGCAGGAGUGAUGGGCGGGGCCUCCAGAAAGCUCCUUAGAAGCCUCUCCUCCCCUCACUCCCCACCCAGCCUCAGCUGGCCAAGUUUGGGGCCCUGGCGUUUCUCUCUUACCCCCUCUCCCCAUGCUCUGGCGGCAUGGGGUGGGAGAGCCACCCCCUCAGGAUGGUGGAGCUGAGAGGGUGGAAGUUGGUUUUCUGAGGACCUAG